AUGAGAAUGGCUCCUUACAACUAUACUCAGCUAGGAAGAGAAAAUGAAGAGAUUAGACUGUUGUAUCUAACGCCAGUCGCACGAGAUGACGACAUCUCCAUCCGCAUUUUUCACGUACCUCUAGUCAUUCCACCAACAGAGACUGGCGAAAUCAAGAGACUCUCACUGGAACAACUACAAAGAACUCUUCCAAGUGGCAUGGCUUCUCUUGCCGUUACACUUAGACAAUUAAGGUACACGGUUAAGCAGCGAAUAUUAUGGGUAGACUCUAUCUGUGUCAAUCAAAAUGAUGUUCCCGAGCGAAGUCACGAAAUCGGACGCAUGAGAAAUAUCUUCUCCUUCGCGGAUCGAACCAUCAUCUGGCUUGGCGAAAAAUCCGACGAUAGUGUAAGCUCUUUAGCUACUAUUGAGUCAUUCGCUGAACAGGUCGAGUACAUAGGAGGAGGUGAGUUGCAUACGUCCAUCGAACCAAGUUACUGGAAUGGAGACACUCAAACUUUCAUCUGCCAUAUGACACUAAAACAUGGUCAUCAUGUCCCCCGUGAUAAGAUAUAUCGAGUACUAGGCUUAGUUUUGACUUCAAUUGCCGGUGAUAUUACGUGCAACUAUUAUAUUCCUGUGGCAAAGGUGUAUAAGAGUGCGGUGCUCAGUCAUGUCACUGUUACAAAGCGGCUACAUCUACUCCAGCACUUUCAGUUGAUCCAAAGAUUUCAAGACGGACCAUCAUGGGUUCCAAUUUGGUCUUUCGAAGAUAAGAGUAUCAUGAUAUGUAUUGUCCUGGGAAGCCAUUCUGCAUGCUCUUAUUCUGCUGUAACACUGUAUCAAGCGCCAAACACUUUGGAAGUCACCGGUAUUUUUUCCACAAGGGUGACUUCAGUUAAAACUAAAUGUUCAGGUGAUGCAAGGGAAAUUUUCCAGGCAAUUCAUAGAUGGGAACCUGAAGGUCUCAACUCCAGAGAAUAUAUCACAGGCAGCUCUUUGAUCGAUGCUUUCAUCGAAACUAUUUAUCAAGGGCGUACUAAAGAAAGAUAUCCCGGACUUCGUAUUCCACCUUCCUGGGAGCUCCGUGGAAGCUAUCUGAAAGCUGUUGAUAAAGAUACCAAAAGUCAAAAUGCGAUACUAAGUUAUGUCUAUGGAUUGAGCUUUGAUCCCACGGCGUUUAUAACAACCGAAGAGGUAUAUCUGGGAAUAGGAUCACUUGGAGUUGAGGAAGGUAAGUUGUGUUCAACCAGCACGACACCUCCUAAUAAGAGCUGA